AGGCGCCACACUGCAGAAAGCAAGAGGACAGAGAGAGGAAAGGUCUCAGUUGCACUCCCGCUGCUGAGAAGAGGAUACAAACAGGGACUCCGCCGUGGCAUCUCCAAGUAACGGAGUCCACAAAGAUCUCAGGCCACCGGGCACCUUCACUACUGGCUGGGUCGUUCCGGAGCCGCCGCGCUCUCUUCUAGCCAGAGGUGCGCUUGCGCCUUCAAAGAUCCGCCUUUCCCGGAGGCUGGCUGAGGGGGAUUUGGUCCAUGGUCCACUGGCUCCAAGGCAGAACCUAGAGAGUCGAAGGGAUGAUGGGGGAAAGUGGAUCACCCUGUUGCGGUGCGGAAGCAGAAAGAGAAGGGAGGACACAGGGACAAGAGUGCGUACUUCUACAUCAUAUCCAUAGUGGCCCACCUCCAGCCAUGCAUCCAUCAAUUUCUAACAGCACAUUCAUCUGCUGACCUCAUCAAUGGAUAUACUCCCUGGUAAGUAUUGCACCCUCAUGUUCCAUUCCCCUUCCAAACACAUGAGAGUUUGGGAUAAUUUUUAGACCUAAAUCAUAACUUUCCACUUUUGGCCCCCCAGGAAGCUUAUGUCCAUCUCAUUAUGCAAAAUGCAUUUAGUUCAUCUCUAAGAGUUGACUGUCUUCACAGUACAAGCAUUGCUGAAAAUUCCAACUUCAAAGUCUCCUCUGAGAAUCAAGGCAAACUGAGCUGUGAGUCCUGGUAAAACUCAAAAAGAAAGUUAAAUAUUUCCAGCAUAAAAUGGCACAAGAUUCCAAAAGGCAGAAAUUUCAGCUUGAAGAUUGAGAUGGCUGCUGCGGAAAUGUGUGUACUUCCUGAUGUGGAAUCUGACUAUGCUGAGCUGGUUGUAGAUGGAAAAAGUGUCACCCUUGGAGAGAAGGCUAGGAACAGCAUGAAGGAUUGCCAGCUGAGGAAAUGCCAGCAACAAAGGAUCCUAAGAGCUAUAUCUGCACUGCUGAAGCAUGGAGGGGGAGUAGUCAGGGGAGAAACUGAAAAUGAAGACUUCGUUUAUAAACGAGAUGGAAUAGGACAAGAUUUGGAAGCGGGUUUUUGUAAUAUUGUGCCAAAUGUUAGAAAAUACCUGGACUUCAUGCAGAGAGGACUCAUCUUUCAGAUUUUUGUGAAGUCGAGUAUAACUGAUCGGAAGUACGGCACCUUGAGCACCAAUUUGUACAGAAGGAAUGUAACGCGAGUAGAUGAAAUGAAUGAGGCUACAGCGAUAGAGUUCCUCAAAGAACUGAAGAGAACUGAAGGAAGAUCAUAUUCAACACCGACACUGCCUGCAGACAGGGCUUGUAUUGACGAAAGUCACAAUGAAGACUUGGCUGCUGAAUUCUUUAAUAGUAAAAUACUUACAAAAAAUGAACAGUUCUGCUUUACUGAAUCCACUCAUGUUGAAUUUAAAUUGUUCUUGACAGAUAAGUUGUCACAACGCAUUAAAGAGAUGCUUCCUAAGUAUGUCUCUGCAUUUGCAAAUACUGAUGGUGGAUAUUUGUUCAUCGGCUUAAAUGAAAAGACACAAAAAAUAACAGGGCUUGAAGCAGACAAGUGUGAUCUCGUCAAGUUAGAAACAAAAAUAGAAAAGUCCAUUAGGAAGCUGCCUGUCUAUCACUUCUGUAAGGAGAAGAAGGAGAUAAAUUACACGUGCAAAUUCCUUGAAGUCCACAAUGAGAAAGGACUUUCUGGAUAUGUCUGCGCGAUCCGAGUAGAGAGAUUCUGCUGUGCUGUGUUUGCUGAAGGACCCAAUAGCUGGCAUGUGAAAGAGAACUGCGUGGUGCAGAUGACUUCUACGGAAUGGAUCGAGUUCAUGAUGAAUGAUUUUUCCAGGCCUUUGGGAAAACUGACCAGUCGAGCAACUGAGUUACCACGAAUUAUGGCCUGGAGUGUGGCCAUUUUUAAGAAGUGGAGAAGUCUACUGCGGAGAAGUCAGCCUCCAGUGCUAUUGAGAAAUGUGAUAUAUACUCCAAAACCCAUCUAUCGUGAACUGUUCUUGCAACAUGAAGGACUUGAACAGUCAGUACGUAACGAAAUGGCGCCUUUCAGAAAAGGUAUCCUGAUCUUCUCUAAGAGCUGGUCUUUGGAUCUGGGCUUGCAAAGGGAGGAAGAUGUCAUCUGUGAAGUACUUCUAAUUCCCAUGAGCAGCCCACCAGUCUUGUACACCUUCUUCAGGAUAAAAGAGGCUACAGAAGACAGCACUACCAAACACGAGACCGUGAAGAAGUUACAAGGCUACUGCAAACAAACUGCCCGCACUUUAAAAGAGAAGCUGGUAAUAGAUGGUGGUUACGGUGAUAAAAUGUUUAUCAGGCUGAAGAGCUUCUUCUUGAGUCCUGAAGGCAAAGCAACAUUGUUCUAUGAUGAUUUCAAAGUACCUUACCCUAAAUCCUACUAUUGUAUAACCACUGAAAUUGUGACAAAAUUCCUGGAGGCUCUUUAUUGCCUUCCAUUGCGUAACGAGUUUGCCUCUGAGAUAAAAGUCAUUAUAGAUCAUGUUCAGAAUAGUCGUUAUAGAUCAUGUUCAGAAUAACGACAUAGAGCUCUGAGAUAAAAGUCAUUAUAGAUCAUGUUCUGAUCUUCCUGGCACCUUUACUGCCAGGAAGAUAUAAUUCGUAUGGAGUCUCAUGGCCUCAGCUGAGAUGAAAAACGACAUAGAGCGCAGAGCUCUCCCGAACCAUAGAAAAUGGUUUUCUCUAUGAAAGUGUCUUUUCUUCCGUGGCCCGGUGUGGGGAUGCACGCCUGUAAUCCCAGCAUUCAGGAGGCUGCGGCAGGAGGAUCAUUGCGAGUUUGAGACCAGCCUGGCCUGC